AUGCCAUUAUUCUCUCGGUCCUCAUUCAGAACUCCCAAGAAGCCACCCAGGAGAAAGGCUGACUCCCUGCCCAAUAUCUCUGCUCUGGAUGACUCGUUCAAUUUCACCUCCGAUAGCAUGGUCAGCAUGACCUCGGGUGCUGUACCCGCAGUCUCUAUGAAGCUGGGGGACCAGGAGAUCUUCUUUGAGAAAGGAGAGUGGGUCUCAAGUGGUGGAGGCAAAGGUCCUGGUUCAAGGGACUUUGUUCGGCUGCAGAAACAGAAUGUGCAGCUGAGUGAAGAGAACAACCUGCUUAAGUACAAGGUGGAACUGUUGUUGGACAUGUUAGCAGCUAGUAAUGCUGACUUCCUGGUCAUGCAGAAAGAGGUCGAAGCACUCAAGAAAUCACAAACUAAAAAGAGGUAGCUAUAAUAAUAGAACUCAUAAAUUAUUUUUAAUUUCCAAUUUACACAUUUUAAUCCACUACACACAUACACGCAGUUUAUUAUUCUCAUGGUCAUUUACCAG